UUCCUGGAGUAUGUCACGUGACACUGACAUCAGCCGGGUUUUCAAUGGCAACAACAGCAAAAGCUGCCAGGAGAAGCUUCUCCCAGGUUCUCUUCAGAUUUACGAUGCAGACGCCAUCACUUUUUGCAGAUAUGAAACCAUAGGUAAUCAUGAGUUCAAUACAUUUCAUCUGCCUUCACUAAUCAAGGCUAUUUUAACGGCAUGUCCUCCAAGCAGCAGGUAGCCUAACUUAGAACUUGGAGUCAGCUGUGUCUAGUUCCAUCUGAGCUGAUUAAAACUGGUUAGGGGCACAUUUCGUUAGCCUUGCUUCAGAGAGGAGCCCACUUGCGUCCCCCAGGCGGGCAGGGAGCCCCGGUCUGUCGGGCUGAGGUCUGGAGUUUACAAGCCUCUUUGCAGUGUUGUGAGUUUGAAGCCCAGAGUUCCCUGCUCAGCAAAACCAGGAACCGAAGCAGAAGAAAAGGAGCCCUGGAUUAAGGCAGGUGACAAACAUUACCACCCUAGCUGUGCACGAUGCAGCAGAUGCAACCAGAUGUUCACAGAAGGAGGGGAAAUGUAUCUUCAAGGUUCUACCGUUUGGCAUCCCGGCUGUAAGCAAUCCACCAAGACCGAGGAAACACUGCGGCCUACCAGGACUUCUUCCGAAAGCAUUUAUUCUAGACCAGGCUCCAGAAGAACUCAAACCGAGGAAACACUGCGGCCUACCAGGACUUCUUCCGAAAGCAUUUAUUCUAGACCAGGCUCCAGUAUCCCUGGGUCCCCAGGUCAUACUAUCUAUGCAAAAGUGGACAAUGAAAUCCUGGAUUACAAGGAUUUAGCAGCCAUUCCCAAGGCCAAGGAAAUUUAUGACAUUGAACGUCCAGAUCUUAUUACCUAUGAACCUUUCUCCUCUUCGGGCUAUGAUGACAAACAGGAGAGGCAGAGCCUGGGAGAGUCUCCAAGGACUUUGUCUCCUACUCCAUCAGCAGCAGGGUACCAGGAUGGGCAGGACCGGAUGAUCCACCGAUCCACCAGCCAGGGCUCCAUCAGCUCCCCUGUAUACAGCCAUCACAGCUACACUCCAACCACGUCUCGCUCUCCCCAGCAUUUUCACAGACCUGAUCAAGGGAUCAACAUUUACCGAAAACCACCUAUCUACAAACAGCAUGCUGCCUUGGCAGCCCAGGGCAAGUCUUCAGAAGACAUCAUCAAAUUUUCCAAGUUCCCAGCAGCCCAGGCUCCAGACCCCAGCGAGAUACCAAAGAUUGAGACGGACCACUGGCCUUGUCCCCCCUCACUUGCCGCCAUAGGAGCUGACAUGAGACGCAGAUCUAGCGGCAGAGAGGAAGAUGACAAGGAGCUUCUGAGGCGCCGACAGCUGCAAGAGGAGCAAUUAAUGAAGCUCAACUCGGGCCUGGGCCAGUUGAUACUGAAAGAAGAGAUGGAGAAGGAGAGGGAGAGCCUGGAGAGGUCCUCCCUGGCCGCCGGGUGCUAUGAUUCUUCCGUCGACUCAGCUUCACAUGCUCUAUCAUCGAAAACCUCAUCUCUCCCAGGCUAUGGGAAAAACGGGCUUCACCGGCCUGUUUCUACAGAUGCUCAGUACAACAGCUAUGGGGAUGUCAGCGGGGGAGUGCGAGACUACCAGACCCUCCCAGAUGGCCACAUGCCUGGAAUGAGGAUGGACCGGGGUGUCUCCAUGCCUAACAUGUUGGAACCAAAGAUAUUUCCAUAUGAAAUGCUGAUGGUGACCAACAGAGGGCGCAGCAAAAUCCUAAGAGACGUGGACAGAACCAGGCUAGAGCGCCACUUAGCCCCAGAAGUGUUUCGGGAAAUCUUUGGAAUGUCCAUCCAGGAUUUUGACAAGUUACCUCUUUGGAGACGCAACGACAUGAAGAAAAAAGCAAAACUCUUCUGAGUACCACACAUAGACAGCAAUUAGAAAAAGGACUGACCAUGGCGGUGACACAUAGGAUGUGGUAUUAAGGCCCAAACUUGAUUGGAGAAUUUGCAAACUACUGUCCCUUAGCAACAACCAAAAGGGAAAAUCUGAUUAAAACACCCAUGAGCCAAAUGUUGGGCCAGCCCAUGGCAACGUUCGCCCAGAAGCAGCGGGGUAGAAAUGUCUGUGUUCCCCCCUCGACAGCAGUGUUCACGUGUGACCUUUUUCCAUCACCUAUGUGCACAGCAGGAGCUACUUUUUUUUUCUUUCAACUGUUAUUCAAUAAUAGUGUGACUGUAUGGGUAAGAGCCAGCAAGUGCCCUUAGGAUGCCGCAUGGACAAAAGCAGUUGUAAUAAUAUCAAAGUACGAGUAUAUUUAUUAUGUAGCGCCGCGGCUGAGAAGGAAGAGCCCGAGGGACAGAUCCAUGUGGCAGCAGCCUUUGCCCUACCUUUCCUCACUGGCCUCCUGCAGCCCUGCCUGGGCUUCAGCACGAGGGAAAGCAGAAUCGGGGCCCCCGGCAGCUCUGUUUCAAUAGCCACCAAAGUCAUUUUUAACAUGCUCCUUGUCCCCUACUGUUUGCUAGGACCUGUUUGGCAAAUUACUUAGCCUAUUAUUAAAAAGAAAAAAAAAAUUAAGAGAAAGAGAGGAAAAAGGAGUGAAUGAAAAUUCUCCUUAAACCCUUUUCUACUUCAGAAAGUGUGCUCCUCCCCACCAAGGACAGGAGAUGUCUCAGCCCCGCAGCCCUCCACUCUUACAAAGAAAGGAAAGGGGGAUGGUCUCCAGAUUGGCCCAGUUGUAUGAUGUUAGGUGAGUUUUGUCCAAAGGCCACAGCAGUCUUGAUCAAAAACAAAAGUUCUGUCUCCUCUCAAAAAAAACAAAACAAAACAGAACAAAACAGGGGCUUCCCUGGUGGCGCAGUGGUUGCGCGUCCGCCUGCCGAUGCAGGGGAACCGGGUUCGCGCCCCGGU